GGUUUCUUACACUACAAUGUGUUAUUAUUCCUCGUCAGUUCGGAAGAUUGGAAAGCAAGGCUAAAACUUCCUGCAGCCGAUACUCGCUACAGAACAGAGGAUGUGACAGCCACAAAGGGAAACGAGUUUGAAGACUAUUUUCUGAAGCGGGAGCUUCUCAUGGGAAUAUAUGAGAAGGGUUUUGAAAGACCUUCUCCUAUUCAAGAAGAGAGUAUUCCCAUUGCCUUAACUGGUAGAGAUAUCCUCGCCAGAGCAAAGAACGGGACUGGGAAGACAGCCGCCUUUUGUAUUCCUGUCUUGGAAAAAAUUGACCAUGGUAACAACGUUAUUCAAGCUGUGAUCAUUGUUCCAACUCGAGAGUUAGCCCUUCAGACAUCACAAGUGUGUAAAGAGCUGGGGAAGCAUUUGGAAAUUCAAGUCAUGGUGACCACUGGAGGCACCAGUCUGAAAGAUGACAUCAUGCGUUUGUACCAGCCUGUCCAUUUACUGGUGGGAACUCCUGGGAGAAUUCUGGAUCUUGCCAAGAAAGGUGUUUGUGUUUUGAAAGAUUGUUCCGUGCUCGUUAUGGAUGAGGCUGAUAAGCUUUUAUCUCAAGAGUUCCAACCUUCGGUGGAACAUUUGAUCAGCUUUCUUCCGCAAAGCCGUCAGAUUUUGAUGUUCUCGGCCACGUUUCCUGUCACUGUCAAGGAUUUUAAGGAUAGAUUUCUGACGAAUCCUUACAUUAUCAAUCUCAUGGAUGAACUUACGCUCAAGGGUAUUACCCAAUUCUAUGCUUUCGUUGAAGAACGACAGAAAAUUCAUUGCCUGAACACACUAUUCUCCAAGCUGCAAAUUAACCAAUCGAUCAUAUUCUGCAAUUCUGUGAACCGUGUGGAGCUCUUAGCUAAGAAAAUUACAGAACUUGGGUAUUCGUGCUUUUACAUCCAUGCAAAGAUGCUUCAAGACCACCGAAACAGAGUGUUCCAUGACUUUCGCAAUGGUGCAUGCCGGAAUCUUGUGUGCACUGAUCUGUUCACACGUGGUAUUGACAUUCAAGCAGUCAAUGUGGUGAUAAACUUUGAUUUCCCAAAGAAUGCAGAAACUUAUCUCCACAGGGUUGGCCGAUCAGGAAGGUUUGGCCAUCUUGGUUUAGCUGUGAAUCUUAUCACCUAUGAGGACCGCUUUAACCUUUACCGGAUUGAGCAAGAGCUUGGAACGGAGAUCAAGCAAAUUCCUCCACAUAUUGAUCAGGCAAUUUAUUGCCAGUAA